AUGUCGAACUGGGCGCAAGAAUGGGCAGAUCAAUGCGAACUGACAGUUCGCAAGAUACUAAAACGCGGGUUCUCGAUUGAAUGCCUGCACAGAAUGUCAAGCAUCGAGCUCGGCAAGGAGCUCAGAACUGGAGUGAUCCUGGUUAUCUCAAGUGGUAAUAGAGCGGUUUACGAUGUCGACUACCGAGACCCGGGUAUUAGAGAAGGACUCUUCUAUAUGGCACGACACGGCUUGGACGAGAAAAUGGUCAUAUACGGGUUGGGUUUUCAGUUCAAGAGGUUUAAUUAG